UUGCAAAGGAGAGCAAUGCGAAAACGGUGAAUCUGUUCACAUUCUCUUCGAAGAUCUGACCGUUGAGAAAUCAUUUCACAAAUCCCUUCCGAUCUCUCUCUCUCAUGGCUCCCGCUGCUCCCAAGUCCGGUGAUGUGAUUUUCGCCAGUGUAGAUCGCGUUAACGCGGAGCUCUUUACUCUCACAUACGGUGCUAUCGUGCGCCAAUUGAUUACCGAUCUCGAGGAGGUGGAGGAGGUUAACAAGCAGCUCGAUCAAAUGGGUUAUAAUAUUGGGGUCCGUCUGGUUGAUGAAUUCCUCGCCAAAUCAAGCGUGUCAAUGUGUGUCGAUUUCAGGGAAACAGCUGAUGUGAUUGCUAAGGUUGGAUUCAAAAUGUUCCUAGGUGUCACUGCAUCUGUCACUAACUGGGAUGCAGAAGGAACAACCUGUAGUCUCAUUUUGGAAGAUAAUCCUUUGGUAGACUUUGUUGAGCUGCCUGAUACCUGUCAAGGUCUUCACUACUGCAAUAUUUUAAGUGGAGUUGUCAGAGGGGCUCUUGAGAUGGUCUCAAUGAAAACCGAGGUCACAUGGCUGCGCGACAUGCUUAGAGGAGAUGAUGUAUUUGAGUUGCAAGUCAAGCUUCUGAAGCAAGUUCCUGAGGAGUACCCAUACAAAGAUGAUGAGUAACUUGCUUCUUUUGCUGUUAUCCUCUGUAACUCCACUCUUCAUUUGGAUAUUUUGCACCUCCUUUUGGCCUAGCUACAUUUCUUUGCUAGUAAUAUCACUUGCAACGACAUUGCCCAUAGUUAGAAAGAAAAAAGAAAAUGGAUUCGUUAAAUUACUAUUGCUUCCUCUUGCAGUUGCAAUUGUUGCA